AUGGAUGACUGUGCAGACAGCAAUUCAGGGCUCCUCAAAAGUAAUCACGGUGCAACUGCCCAAAGAAGCAUGGAUGACUGUGCAGACAGCGUUUCAGGAAUUGAUUUGUUACUAUACAUUUGGAGCCCGACUGCUAAUAAGAAUAAAUUGCUUGUUAGAGAGUUCAUAUGUGAUACUUUUCCUCUAAGAUUGUGUUCCUUUUGUGUUUUACCAGAUAGAAUUAGCUUCAAGUUGAAUUUGCAGUCUGGUUUUGCGGACAGUCAGAGAGCUUGCAUAUUCUAUCUCUCCAUAAUAUCUAGGAUGCAUGAUUUGAAAAUGGAGGUAGUUUUUGAGUUACAUCUCACCAAUAUUUUUUCAAAGGAUAGUAUUUUUAAGUAUGCAGGAUCUCCUAACACUCGGCAAUUCUACAAAGUGAGUGCAUCUUUUCCUUAUAAAUGGAUAAACAAGAAGUGGAAAGAAGGGUUUCAUGUCACUUCCAUCACAACUGCCGUAACUCCUUACACUAUUGGAUCUUUAAUUUUUAAGAUAUCUGAACAGAUUUCUGUUUAUCUUUUAGUGGCUUCUGAUAAUUUCAUGUCUCAGGCUAUUCAAUCAAAACCAUUAGUUGGUGAGGCAUGGAAGAGAAGAGGACAAGCUCGAGCUGCCUUAGGGGAAUCUGUAGAGGUGAGAAUAGUUUCAACUAUUCAUCACAUCUUGGAGUUUUAUUACCCAAAUGAAAAAUUUAUUACUAUCCGCUUGGCUACUUUAAUACAGAAUGUUUUAUCUUGUCAAACAAACAGAAUAAUGGGAGAUAAUCAAGAAGAAAACUUAUCAAAAAAGAAAGACCCGGGCUGGAAAUAUUGUUUUUUGGCAGACAAAAACAAUAGUAAUAAGGUUACAUGUAAAUUUUGUGGCAAGAUAACAACUGGAGUUGUCACCGACAAUGGAAGUAAUUACGUUUCAGCUGCAAAAUUUUUGAUGGAGAAGAGAUCCAAUCUGUUUUGGACUCCAUGUGCAGCCCAUUGCCUAGAUUUGAUGUUAGAAGACAUUGGCAAGAUUGACAAGAUUAAAAAAACACUUAGAAAAGCUAUCAAUCUAGUUGGUUUCAUAUACAACCAUGGUGGUGUCUUGAAUAUGAUGAGGAAUUGCACUAACAAUAAAGAGCUUGCAAGGCAUGGAGUUACUCAUUUUGCCACAUGUUUUCUGACAUUGCAAAGUGUACAUAAUCAGAAGCAAGCCUUGCGAAGCAUGUUCACAUCAAUUGAAUGGACACAAAGCAAAUGGGCCAAAGAGGAAAAGGGGUUUCUGAUUGUAUUAAUGCACGACUCUACUGAUUGCAGGCGCAUUAUCUUUAGUUUUUCUCUAAAGCCUUGCAUUGAUUCGAUUCUGUCAUCAAUACGAGAGCCUUGUGUCGAAUUUGAUUCAAUUCUUCGAUCCAAGAAGUCAGGUUGGUAUCAGAGCCUUGCUACGCUCCCAAAUUUUUUCUUUUUUUCCCCGUUCAUCAUGGCAAGAACUCGACGAGCCCCUGUUCGAACCGAAGCAGAAAUCAACCGCGACGCCAUUAUGGAGCUUCAAGCUCAGAUGGCUGCAGUCACCACCGCCCUCCAAGCCCUUAAUGUUCAACGACCUCCACCACCCGCCCAAGUUCACGUUGAACAAGCACACGAUAAUACAGAUGAUAACGGCGACGACGAAGAUCCACUUGACGCCGACGCUAACCCCUUCGCCCCUCUCCGUCAUAACCGAGCAAUUACACAUAAUGAUGGUCCAACAGUUGAUGAUGGUUUUCAGUGGGAAAGAGGAUUUAAAACAGAAAUCCCUGAGUUCCAUGGCAAUACAUCGGCUGAAGAAUUACUCGACUGGAUCGUCACCGUCGAAGAGAUUCUUGAGUUCAAGAGAGCCCCAAUGGAGCGUUGUGUCCCUGUCCUAACAAUGCGUUUUCGUGGAAGAGCAGCCGCAUGGUGGACACAGUUAAAGACAAAUCGAGUUCGUCUUGGGAAACCUAAAGUCUUAUCAUGGGAAAAGCUUAGGUCGAAACUUAAGAAGACAUUCCUGCCUUACAACUACGAACAGAUUAUGUUCCAACGCCUUCACAAUAUACGUCAAGGAACGCGUUCCGUAGCCGACUACUCAACGGAAUUUUUUCUCCUUCUCAAUCGUGUUGAUAUACAAGACUCCGAGCUACAACUGGUUGCCCGAUUUACAGCAGGUCUUCGACAACAAAUCCAACACACCCUCAACUUGUUCCAUCCAUUAACAGUGUCAGAGGCUCACCAACAAGCCCUCACCAUUGAGUCGCAAACCAGAACCACUUUUUCGUGGACUGCGGCACGCUCAUCACGUAUUGGUCCGCAACAACAGAACCCUCUUCCUACGGAUGAUACAACUCCACAACACGCCGCGACUGCUAUCGUACCAUUCCCGGACAAAACAGCACAACGGCCAUCGUCGCUUCGAUGCUUUGCGUGUGGCGAAAUUGGCCACCGACAGUCUAACUGUCCACAACGAAACCGCAGAGGCCUUCUUAUUGAUUCGACCGGCACAGAUGUGGAAGUAAUAUACGAUGAGGAACCACCAGAAGCUCCUGAAGAGAACAUGGAUCUUAUCGCCGACACUGGACCAUCACAUUACCGCAUGAGUCCUAGCGAACACGAGGAGCUACGACGCCAAGUUGAGGAACUCGUAAUCAAAGGCUACUUACGAGAGAGCCUUAGUCCAUGUGCCGUCCCCGCGUUGCUCAUACCAAAGAAAGACGGUUCUUGGAGAAUGUGUGUCGAUAGCCGCGCUAUAAAUAAAAUUACAGUGCGCUAUAGAUUUCCAAUACCACGCUUAGACGAUCUCUUAGACCAAAUUGGUGCUGCCAAAAUUUUCUCUAAAUUGGAUCUUCGCAGUGGUUAUCAUCAGAUACGAAUUCGUCCGGGAGACGAAUGGAAGACAGCUUUUAAAACACGGGAAGGACUUUUCGAGUGGCUUGUAAUGCCCUUCGGCUUAUCUAACGCCCCAAGCACCUUUAUGAGGGUUAUGAAUCAAUUGCUUCGACCUUUUAUUGGUAAAUUCGUAGUGGUUUAUUUUGAUGAUAUUCUCAUCUUCAGUAUGUCAUUAUCGGAUCAUCUUACCCAUCUGAAGGAAGUACUUCUCGUUCUCCGUCGCGAGCAGCUUUUCGCCACGUUAAAAAAAUGCGAGUUUGGUUCCCCGCAGGUUCACUUUCUUGGCUACAUCGUCUCUGCCAAUGGACUCGCUGUUGACCCGGGUAAGGUGGAAGCCAUAAAGACUUGGCCUGUUCCCACUACAUUAUCGGCCACAAGAAGCUUCCAUGGGCUUGCCUCGUUUUAUCGCCGGUUCGUACCACAAUUUAGUAGUUUGAUGGCACCGUUAACUGAUUGCAUUCGGCGUGAUGGCUUAUUUACUUGGACCCCUGAAGCAUCUAAAGCGUUCGAGCUAAUCAAAACUAAAUUAAUCUCGGCCCCCAUCCUCGCUCUCCCAGAUUUUACUCAAGUGUUUGAGCUCCAUUGUGAUGCUUCUAAGAUUGGAAUUGGUGCCGUCUUAAGCCAACGCAAUCGUCCUAUUGCCUUUUUCAGCGAGAAACUAGCUGGAGCUCGUAUGCGUUAUAGUACGUACGAUGUCGAGUUUUAUGCCGUUGUUCAGGCUAUCAAACAUUGGAGACAUUAUCUUUUUCACAAAGAAUUUGUUCUCUUUACCGAUCACGAUGCGUUGAAGCAUCUGAGUAGUCAAGACAAAGUCUCAGCUCGUCAUGCAUCUUGGGUAGCAUACCUUCAACAAUUCACGUUUGUCAUAAAGCACACAUCAGGAAUCUCCAAUCGUGUGGCGGAUGCCUUAAGCCGACGACAUUCAGUACUGGCUGUUCUUCACGUCUCCGUCCCUGGCUUUGCCGCUUUUGCCGAUAUGUAUGAGUCCGAUGACUUCUUUGGUCGGGUUCUCCUUGACAUCCAGGCUGGUUGUUCGCAAGAUUUCACAAUUCAUGACGGAUUCCUUUUUCGUGGUGACCGUCUUUGCAUACCAGAUUGUAGCUUGCGGCUUCAACUCAUUGCGGAAACACAUAAUGAAGGUCAUAUUGGUCGCGAUAGGACUUUGCAUUUGAUCUCCCAGUCGUAUUUCUGGCCGUCUUUACGACGCGACGUUGAGCGCUUUGUGGAACGAUGCACGACUUGCCAGACAUCGAAGGGCCAUGCCACCAAUGCCGGCCUUUACCUUCCCCUCCCUAUUCCAACUCAACCUUGGUCCGACAUUAGUAUGGAUUUCGUUAUGGGACUUCCUCGUACGCAGAAAGGUUUCGAUUCUAUCUUCGUCAUUGUCGACCGUUUCUCUAAAAUGGUGCACUUCGUCCCAUGUAAACGAACGACCGAUGCCCUCCAGGUCGCAACACUCUUCUUUCGCGAAGUUUAUAGACUCCAUGGGCUACCAACUUCUAUAGUUUCAGAUCGUGAUUCUAGAUUCUUGGGUCACUUCUGGCGUUCCCUUUGGAAGAUGUUGGGUACUAGUCUCGAUAUGAGUUCGGCAUAUCAUCCUCAAACGGACGGUCAAACCGAGGUGACUAAUAGAUCAUUGGGAAAUUUACUUCGUUGUCUCGUAGGUGAUUCCAUCAAGACUUGGGAUUCUAAACUACCGCAAGCGGAAUUUGCUCAUAAUCAUGCCCUCAACAGAAGUUCGGGAUUCAGUCCGUUUCAGGUCGUUUAUGGUCUCCUGCCCCGUGGGCCUCUUGAUCUUACUACUCUGCCGGAUCGUACUCGUCUCCAUGGUGUUGCUGAUGAUUUCAUUGAUAACGUCCACAGCAUUCAUGCACAAGUUAUUGCCAAUCUCGAGUCCUCCUCGUCAAAGUAUAAAGCUGCUUCUGAUUCUCGCCGUCGUCGCGUGAUCUUCGAAAUUGGUGAUCAAGUUUGGGCAUUUCUUACCAAAGAUAGAAUGCCUGCGCAUGCUUACAACAAACUUAAGGCAAAGAAGAUUGGUCCUCUUACGGUCUUGGAGAGAAUAAAUGAUAAUGCGUAUCGUCUUCAACUUCCAGCGACAAUCAACACAUCGGAUGUCUUCAAUGUACGGUACCUUUCGCGUUUUGUUCCACCAGACCCGGUUCCAGAUUCGCGGUCGAAUCCUUCUGACCCGGAGGGACCUGAUGCAGCAUCAUAGUACCUUCACCGCCAAGCAACUAUUUUCAUAUUUCAGUUUUUAUUAGUUUUCCUUUUCCAAUUAUAAUUUCCUAUUAUUAGAUUUCCUAUUGUUAAAGGAGUUAGGAUAUUAUCAAACCUCCUCUUAAGUCCUAUAUAAGGCAUUAUAGGUUAGCUUUUAGUUGUCAGUUUGUUUUUAAAAGAUAAUAAACUAGAGUUUUUCUCUAAAGCCUUGCAUUGAUUCGAUUCUGUCAUCAAUACGAGAGCCUUGUGUCGAAUUUGAUUCAA